UUGGAGUUUCUCGGGACCUUGCUAGAAUGAGUGUUUUUAGGGACAACAGAAGUCCUUACUCCUCCCAUCGUGAUCGGCAUCGUGGUGAAUGUCGCAGCAGUGGUCAAUCCUGCAUUUACACACCAUCUCGCCCUGCAAUUAUGAUGGUCAAUCGCGAUGAGUGAUGGCCUUGAUGGCUACUUCUAGCUCGGGACGAAUUAAAGGGAGCCUUAAACGAAUCCUACAGCUUAAAAAACGAGGCCCAGAGAUUUCCCGAAGUACAAACGGAUCCUUUCUCAUUUUACUCAGUCCGUCAUGUUCGGAAGAUCAUGAGCAUCAGGACAUGAUGCGACCUCACCAUGUGCCAUCUGGCUCUCGGACUACAGCCCUAACAUCCGAAAAGAUACAACCUAAAUCUUGUUACCGAUGGAUACACUGUUUUCAAAUUCCUCCAUCUAGGGAUGGCUUGAGGCCACCCAUGAUCUUCGAUCCAAAGGUCCCCUCAGCGCAGCGUUUCUACCGACUCGUCUCUAGUUCCGUGUACUCGCAAUAAUGGCAGAGCCUAUCGGGCCUCUGACACUCUCAAUACUGACCUCGACCACGGAACAUACAGCUUCGGAGCAACCGCCAGAAAUGUCGAGGUUCAAGACGAUCGGCCCGAGCCAAGCAUCUCGUUUACAGAAGCUGAUGUGUGGAAUGGCAACGGCCACCUCGUGAUGACAUAUCCAGAUGAUCCAAGGUCAUGUAUAAAGAGGCCUGGAAGUUUGUAGGUUUCUUCUUUCGAAUGACUUUCAAUUUGCACAAUUUUUGGUCUGAGGGAGCAAACUUCAUCCAAAAUGACCUCCUUUGCCAUCACCAACGUUCGUAUCUUCGAUGGGGAAAAUGUCCUAGAAGAUGCCGAUGUCCUCGUGGAAGAUGGCAUCAUCAAACAGGUUGGACAUGGCUUGAACCCAAGCAACCUCCCAAAUAUCUCGAUGCCCGGCCACACAUUACUCCCAGGCCUCAUUGAUGCGCAUUCCCACCCUGACCGCGAGGUCAAGAUGUUGGAGCAGUCGUACCGAUUUGGCAUAACCACACUUAUGGACAUGCACAAUGUGCACGAAAACGCGGUGCAGUUGAAGACAUGGGCACAAGAGAGAAAGGACAUUCCCGACAUAAAAAGUUGCCACUAUGCUGCAACGGUAAAGAAUGGUUGGCCAGCUUGGGUGGAAAUGAAGUUGCCCGGUAUUGAACCUGCCCGCUUCGAGGAUUAUCCAAAUGUCAACAGCGAGGAAGCGGCCGAGGCUUACAUCCAGAAAGCAAUCGAAGGCAAGUAUGACUACAUCAAAUUGAUGCACGAAGAUGGACGGGCUCUCGGGAUCCCUGAGGGUCAAAUUUCAAAACCUACGGAGGCUGUGCAAGAAGCCGUCGUCCGGGCGGCGCAUCAACGAGGUUUCAAGGUCGUCGCGCAUGCCUUGUCACUUGAAGACACCCGCCAAGUAUUGAGGGCCGGCGUCGACGGCAUGGCUCACACAUUCUUCGACGAGCCCAUGACCCCCGAAAUGAUCGAGCUCCACAAGCGCAACAAUGUCUGGGUCAAUCCGACCCUGGCAUGUUUAGGAGCUCUGACGGGCGAUGCGCUAGAUAUAUCCAAGCAAUUCUCCGAGGACGAACGAGUCAAGAAUAAAUUGUCAACGGGGGACGUUGAACUCAUGCACCACUGUUUACAUUUGAAGGCCCCCGGUGCAAAGUGGGAAUACGCCAUUGACAACGUCCGCCAGCUCAGAGAUGCCGGCCUCAACAUCAUUUGGUAAGCUUUUGCUGUGUGCCCACUGCCUUGCGUCAAAACUUGGUUUCUGGAACCGUAGCUAAUGCUUCUGAACGAUACAGUGGUUCUGACGCGGCGCCGGGAGCUCCGGGGUCCGUCUUUGGUGUCAAUCUACACAUUGAGAUGUAUUUGCUCGCGGAGAAAGCAGGGAUGCCAACCCAAGAAGUCCUGAGAGGUGCGACGAGCUUGACGGCCGACCUGUUCGGGUGGAACGAUAGAGGUAGGAUAGCAGAGGGUCUGAAGGCCGACUUGCUUCUCGUCGAAGGAAAUCCUCUGAGUAACAUCACGGACACCUUGAACAUCAAAGGGAUAUGGAGAGACGGUGUCAAGUUCCAGGGUCACCAGGGAUUUUCUUAGUCCUAGGUACCUAGAUCCUAGAUAGGUAGCUACAUAAUGCGUGUUUGAUAUUCGAUCCUUGUUUGUUCUGUAUCUUACACCAAUAGAUGCUUCUCUCUCUCAG